AUUUUCUCUUCCGUGCGCUCAGACAACAGCUACGUCGGCGAAUACUACAGAUUUCUCAAUUAAAUUCUGUUCAUUCACAUUUAAGUUCGAAAAGAUAGCCCAAUCUGCCUGGUAAUUUCGAAUUGUCGGCGCUUUUGUGUGCAAAAGUGUGAAAAAGACGGAAAAUCCCAAAUAUAACAGCGGGGAAUCGAAACAGUACAGACCUACACUUGAACAUGUCUUCAGCGGCCAAUUCGCCUGCGACCAAUUCGAAUUCUGAUGACGAACAAAGCCGAUCGAAAUGGCAUUUACAACUAAAUGCGGACACACCUUCACCAAAUCCAAAUAUCCCGUUAUCUACACCCACCUCAUUGCAUUCCAGCGCCGGUGGAGUUAGUGGUGGAGCCUCAAAGCGCAAAAGUGCGUUUCUACCAUAUCGUCCACAUGCCACUGUGCUUACAAACUUGCAACGCGGCAAUACUGAAGCAACCUUUUGCCCAGUGGAAGUAGCAUUGUCAUUCCACGAACGUGCCGGUCAAGGUGAGAUCACCGAUGAUCAAGUGCGUAUAGAAUUCGAGCGUAAUGAUCGCAAUAUUGAUUUCAAAGAUGCUACUGGAUUUACUGCUCUACAUUGGGCAUCAUACUACGGUCAGCUAGCUGCAGUACGCUUACUUGUCGAUUCUGGUGCUGAUGUGAAUGUCGAAGCACCUGAAAUGGUAACACCACUUUUGCUUGCAGCAUGCGGUGGUCACAAUGAGGUGGUGCGUUUGUUGCUGGAACAUGGUGCUCGUCCUACACAUAUGGAUAUUGUCGGUAAUACGGCGUUAAUGUAUGCCGCUGCUGGAAAUCACCCACAUACCUGCAACGAAUUGUUAGCCAAAGAUCCGGAUAUGACGGCAACCAAUGAGAAUGGCGAUACCGCAUACUCUUUGGCUGUAGAAAAUGGAGCUGUUUUGGCACAAGCUGUGCUGGAGCAGUACUUGAGUGCGUUGUUGCUGCUUUAAAAUAAAGCUAUUCUGAAAAGGAACUGAUUAUGAACACGAUUGCAUAUGAAGAUAUGUUGUUGCAGUACCGCAUAAUUUUCCUAAAAGAUCAUCGAAUCCCUUAUAUAAACACAAAUGACAAAAAGUUAAGCAGUAAUUCCUUGAAAACAUUCCCAACACGUUUUUUUGUUGUUAUUCACCAAUUCAGCAGCACAAUACACUUUUGGCGCCAAUUUGUGCCGCAUCUUCGAAAACAAAGUCAUGGUAACGCCAAAGCAAAUAAUAAGAAAAUACAUACAUACAAAUAUAUGCAUAAACAUAUAUGUACAUACACACAUACAUAUGUGCAUAUAUUGUUUAUGUCUGCGGCUGCUGCAGUGUCCUUCAUCGAGUUCAAAGAAUUCCUUACUUCAAAGGCAUUAAGUCCUCAGCGUUCCUUGAACCCAUUUUUCAAAGUCAUUUAUAAAAGUAACAAAAACACAGCGCAACGGCAAAAAGGUAACAUACCAAAUCAGACAGACAGACAGACAGACAGACAGACAAACAGACAGACAAAAGAACUAAUCAAGACUUUGUAUGGAUAGCAGCAUAGCAUGGAUGGCAUAACUUACCU